AUGUGCACUCUGGAGAAUGAGUUUCGCCGCCUUUCGAGAGCUUCCUUACUGCUUCCACUGAAUUCAGCGACAUCCUGUAGUCCUAUAUCUGACAAUCACGGCUCCUUGAAGCAGGAUACGCCUCCCGAAUCGUCUUGCAAGCCAGAUUUCGACGUGUCUGCACUGAUGCGGGCCAAACAAACAGCGUUUUUAUUGCCCACACUUGAUAUUCUUGAACAACUCUCGCAAUUGACUCUGGCGGUGCCAGCGGAAACGCAUCACGAAUCCUGGUUUCAACACACUUUCACUACGGUAACUUACUAA